CCAGCUCCUUGCCGUGCUGCUUCCUCGGGUGGAGGAGGAAAAGGCAGCUGGGGAAGGAGCGCUGCAGGAGCGGAGCGGGCGGCUGGCCCCGCCGCUGGGCAGAAGGGGCGGGGAGGCGGAGGCUGGCACUGGGAGCAGCGCGUACCUGAGCACGGCGGAGCGGGGGGACAGCGGGAGAAGAAUCAAGGAGAGGAGAUGGGGAGAGGAACGGGAAAGUGAAAUUCUAAGAUGCUGCUGGGAGCUUUAAUCCCUCUCCUCACAUCCCUUUCCCUGCACAGAAAUGGAAAAGUCACCCCACUCCCUCCGGUGGGGAGUGGCUAAUGUGGGAAAGCAGACCCUGGCAGCUGAACGAGAAUGUGAUGCUUGAAGAACCUUCUGCUCACUUUUUACACGAGGGAUGGAAAUCUCCAAAAUACUCGGGCUCCUGGUAGAGCUGUCAAGUCUGUUAUCCUGUCUCAGAUGUAUGGAGGCUUUCCUGGGAUCUAAGCCCAACCAAAACCACUUGCAGAGUGCAGCGGCCAGCGUGUGUGCUGUGGGACCUCUCGGCUAUUACAAUGGCUCCCUGGCGGUCACCGCGGCCGGAGCAGAGUGUCUCAACUGGGCAGAGUUCCCUGAUUAUGUUCAGCAGUACCCAGACCGUGGCCUGGGGGACCACAACUACUGCAGGAACCCAGACGGGGGAACGACGCCCUGGUGCUUCUACAGGCUUGUGUCAGGGGCCAUCGGCUGGGCCAACUGUGACUGUAACCAAGGUGCUGUGCGGUUGGCUGAAGACAGUAGUGUGGAGCUGUACUUCAAUGGACUCUGGGGUACCAUCUGUGCUGACCACUGGACUGACUGGGAUGCCAGCGUUGUCUGCAGGCAGCUAGGUCUCAGUGAGAUCGGCACAGCUGGGAAGAAGAAUCAUCCCAGACCAUGGCCUGUUCCCCUGCAUCUGCAGUCAGCAAACUGCCAUGGAGAUGAGGAAGCCCUGCUGCAGUGUGGCUAUCAGGAAGCUAUGUCAGGAGCUUGUAACCAGGGGAGUGCUGUGGUAACUUGUGUUCCUCCAGAAGGUGUAGGUGCCCCACUCCGUAUUGUUGGGGGGAAGGAGAGCUUUGAAGGGCGAGUGGAGGUUUACCAUGAUGGCAAGUGGGGAACCAUCUGUGAUGACCAGUGGGACGACCGGGAUGCUGAAGUAGUCUGUAGACAGCUGGGACUCAGUGGGACCCCAAAAGCCUUGUCAUGGGCUCACUAUGGGCAGGGAUCUGGCCCAAUCCUGCUGGAUGAAGUACAGUGCUCAGGGAAUGAACUCUCCCUUGAUCAGUGCAAGAAGAGUGACUGGGGACAGCAAAACUGUGACCACAUUGAAGACGCUGGGGUCUCCUGUAACCCUUUCACAGAGGGCACUGUCCGGCUGGCUGGCGGCCGCAGCCCCAGCGAAGGCAGGGUGGAAGUUUAUUACAAUGGAGACUGGGGCACAGUGUGCGAUGAUGGCUGGACAGACCUCGGUGCCCAGGUGGUCUGCAGGCAGUUGGGCUUCAGUGGUCCUGCUGCCCUGGCCUCUGAAGGAGACUAUGCUGCUGGUCAAGGCUUCAUCUUACUGGAUGAUGUGGCAUGUGUGGGGACAGAGCUGUCUCUCCUGGACUGUCCCCACAGCAACUGGGGGCAGCAUGACUGCUCCCAUGCUGAGGAUCUGGGUGUCCGCUGUUCCCCAGAAAGCAACACGGUCAUGGAUGGCAGCCUGGGGCCUCCCGUGCGGCUGGUGGAUGGAGAAAGCACCAAGGAGGGCCGGGUUGAGAUAUUGCUGAAUGGGCAGUGGGGCAGUGUCUGUGAUGAUGACUGGACAGACAGAGAUGCUGCAGUGGUUUGCAGGCAACUGGGAUUCAGUGGUACAGCAAAAGCCAGGGCAAUGGCUUAUUUUGGCGAAGGACAUGGGCCCAUCCAUCUGGACAACAUAGAAUGCAGUGGCAUGGAGCACACCCUGGGGCAAUGUGCCACGCCGGACACCAGGACUCACAGCUGCUGGCACCGUGAGGAUGCAGGGGUGAUCUGUGACUAUGUGGAAGAAAAGGUCCAAGAUAGCAGGAGAACAGGUGCAGAGUCUGGUGUGUGUGGGAUGCGCCUGCUUCACCGUCGCAAGAAAAGGAUCAUAGGUGGAAACAAGUCUCUGAGAGGCAGCUGGCCAUGGCAGGCCUCACUGCGGCUGAAGGGUUUUCAUCAAGAUACUCGUCUGCUGUGUGGAGCAACGCUGAUCAGCAGCUGCUGGGUGGUGACUGCAGCCCACUGCUUCAAAAGGUUUGGUGUUGAUGUACGGCGCUACCUCCUGCGGGUGGGUGAUUACCACACAGCUGUGAAGGAUGAGUUUGAGAGGGAGCUGCCUGUGGAGCGGAUUGUCCUCCACAGGAACUACUGGGCUGGCAGCAAUGAUAAUGACAUAGCCCUGGUCCGGAUGCGGGGCAGAGAAGGGCACUGUCUCUCCUUCAAUCAUCACGUUCUGCCCGUCUGCCUGCCUGACAGGAGAGAGAGGUCUGACAUCAACCGGCAAGCCUGCAUCAUCUCUGGCUGGGGAGACACAGGGAAGUCCUAUUCCAGAACCCUGCUGCAGGGGGUGGUCCCCCUUCUCCCACGGGAAGACUGUGAGGCCCGUUACGGGCGGAAGUUCACCAACCGCAUGAUUUGUGCUGGGAACCUCUCUGAAGAUAAACGGGUGGACAGCUGUCAGGGUGACAGUGGAGGGCCACUCAUGUGUCAGAGAUCAAAUGGACGCUGGAUCAUUUUGGGCAUCACUUCCUGGGGGUAUGGCUGUGGUCGGAAGGAUUCGCCCGGUGUGUACACAAAGGUCAGCAAAUUCGUACCCUGGAUCAAGAAAGUGACCAAGCUAAAAUAAAAAUAACUGAUCUCUAGGAAUUUCAGCAUGUGGUCCUUUUGCCCUGAAGCAGCAGAAGGAUGUGGCUUCUGGUCUGUGACUGAUGGAGAUUUAUUUUCUCAUUGGACACUGGCAAAAGACUUUCAUGUAGAUCUGCAAGGAAAACAGUUAUGACUGAUUCUUUAAAGUCUUUGGUUUCAUUUUAGUCUGUAAUCUGUAAGCAGAGAAAGCAGGUACACAGUGGUAACAAUGAUCAGUAUACAUUGCUCUAAAUAUCUGAAUCAUUUAAUGCAAUCACACCUAUUCCUUUGCCCUGGCACACAGAAAUGUUAGAAGUAGAGACAUACCUACUGCUGUAAAUCUUUUCAUGACUGUAUGUUUGGACAGUUGAAACAUGCUGAAAGAAGAGGUGAGAUGCUUGGAAGAUGGCACCAGGUGCUGGCAUAGUGGAAAUCUUCAGAUAUUUUUUCAUUACCGCUCUCUUGAGUUCCAGGAAUCAGAAGAUUUGACCCGAGUUGAGGAACACGCCAGCUGUUGGGUUUUUUAGCUUCCCUGUUAUGUCUCUAGGGGGAACCUUUUCUCUUCUGAAUAGUAGGUCUGCUCCCAUAGGAUCCCUUUCAAGUGUCUGCCUGGACUAAGAGAUCCUUGACCCUCCUUCUGUAAUCCUCUGUCACACAUUUUCAGCUGCCAGAUGCUAUAGUUUUAUUGCUGCUUUUUUGCUAUAGUAGUUUGUGCGUGUGGUUGGGCUUUUUUUUUGUUUCCUUAAUGUAGCAUCUUCUAGAAUCAGUUGUUGGUGUGAGAGGCAGUAGCUUUCUUGCCCUCAUGAUUACUAUGAAGAACUUAAAAUCGGACCUUAAGUAGCUGAAUAGACAUGUUAUUUUUCUUUAAAUCCAAAUGUAAUGUUAAUCUCAAACAUUCAGGUGUUGAAUCAUGAUUUAACAGCACUGUGAGGACUUCCUACUGGUCCCUUAUUAUUCAUCAUAGUUAUUAGCUGCCCUUUGUGCCGCUAGUCUUUAAUAUCUCUGUGUUCACAGUUUUCUAUGAAACAUGGAAUUACUCCUGGGGUAUAGAUACACCUCAAGCAAAUUACUGACUCCCUGUGAAAAACAAUCUUAUCACUAUGAAGGCUGUGAGAAUCCUUGUAAUUAACACCCUUCAAGUCCUGCAUGAGCCAGGAGGAAGGAAGGAAGCAUCCAAUCUCCUUUGCCUGUGUUUAUACCUUACUGGUGCUGUAGGCAAGCCUGUCAGUGCUCUCCUACGUUGACAUGGCCUGUUUCAGGAUACAGCUGUUGCUCUUCACUGUUUAACCUGGGACUGUGUCCCAAAUCAAACUCAUGUGCAUGAGGCUUACUAGAACUGCCUAGUUAGAUGAGCAGCACUCAGUAACCCUAGGACUGUAUUUUGUAAUAUUGGACAGCAGCAGAUGUUUCAAAAGAUAGUAUGUGUGUGUUGUGCUGAACAAGUUUUAACAAACUUUCCUUUUGGGGAAUUUUGUUCUUGACCCAUUUAAAUUAAUUACUUGAAUUAUUAUUAUCAUCAUUAAAAAUGGAAAUACAAAUACUUGAUCCUCUAGGUGUUGUACACACUCUGUGCGCUAUCCUUUUGUAAUUUUUUUCCCCUAAAGAGUUUAUGUCCCUAACUUUUAAAAACUAUUUAAUGUAUCAGCCUUCAUCUUCCAUAUAAAUGUUUAAACUUUUUAUUUUUAAUCUAACUAAGCUCUCAAUUCCAGUAUUUUCUGGCAAUGAAAACCAUUAUAAUUUUAUUCUCCAUCGCACAUAAUUUCUUUUUAUGGUUCCCGAAUUAAUUGCCUUUUGUUUUCAUCGAGUACCAUCUGUCCUUGUGUUCUCAGCCACGAGAGAAAAUAAGGGGCCUGGCUUUACAUUCUCUGUUAUGCAUUAUUCUAGAGAUAGUUCCUUUUCUAAGACUGUGGCUUCCUCUAUCUCUCUUCAAUCCAAACUGUCUAGGUGUCUUAUAACAUGCUAACUGUCUCUCUGUGUUUUCUCUUUCUGAUGGAUCUUUAAACUUUGGUAAACAACUGAAUGCAGUUUGCCAGGGGAGGCUGUAUCCCCUGCUGAUUAUUUGAGUUAAAUUUUCUAUAGCAGGCAAUUCUGUAAGUCAUUUCAGUGCUGUGUCUGUAUACUGGAGCUUGUUUUAAACUUGCUAGUGUGGUCUUGGUGGCAGCCUUGCUACAGGGGAAUGAAAACCCACUGAGGUUAGUUCUCCCUGUGUCUCAGGUAGGUGCAGCAGUCCCACUGAGCUCACAGAAAUUGCUGUAGGUCUGUCUGGGGAACUCUGAGCAGGGAGCACGUGGAGAGCU